GUCUUCGCAGACGGAAGAGUCUCGCCCAGGACAGGGGGAUUUAAGACGCAGCUGUUCAUGGAAAAAUUAAUGUAUAAGUACAAAAUAAGGAGGACUAUCUAAUUGGUAAGGAAAUGGCAGGAUUCCUGGACAACUUCCGGUGGCCAGAAUGUGAGUGCAUUGACUGGAGUGAAAGAAGAAAUGCCAUCGCUUCAGUAGUUGCAGGUGUAUUGUUUUUCACAGGUUGGUGGAUAAUGAUAGAUGCUGCAGUAGUUUACCCUAAGCCAGAGCAAAUGAACCAUGCGUUCCAUACCUGUGGGGUGUUUUCAACGCUAGCUUUUUUCAUGAUAAAUGCUGUAUCAAAUGCACAGGUGAGAGGAGACAGCUACAGUGAUGGAUGUUUAGGAAGAACAGGUGCUCGUGUCUGGCUCUUUAUUGGCUUUAUGCUGAUGUUUGGUUCACUUAUUGCUUCAAUGUGGAUUCUUUUUGGAGCGUAUGUUACACAGAACACUAAUGUUUACCCUGGAUUAGCAGUGUUUUUCCAAAAUGCAUUGAUAUUUUUCAGUACUCUGAUCUACAAGUUUGGGAGAACAGAAGAGUUAUGGGGAUGAGAGAUCAUAUAUAGCAAUGUCUGUUCCACAGUUAUGUCGUACUAUGUAUGUAGAUAUAUUUACAUUUAUUUGUUCUUGGUUUGCUUUCUAGAUUGUCUGAACUGAGACAAAUUAGUUUCUGUAAUAAGCUCUCUCUUUUCACAGGACAGAUUUGUGAAUAUGUAUAUAUGACUGUAUAUAUCUUAAAAAGGGAAUGUCAGGCUUUCUUUCUGAAAUCUUGAAGCAAAUUUCUUCAAGUACAUGGGUUUCCAUCAACUCCUAAGAACUGAUCUUCCAAACUCUCAGGUCAGAGCCUUCAGUGGGACCCUUUGUGAUUAAGCAGGGUGACAACCUGUACUCUGUAAAUGGGGUCAUUACUUUUAUGCAUAGAUGAACUACAGCCAGUUUUGCAAGGGCUGCCUGUGUAACCUGAAGGAGCAGUCAGCAGGUGGAAGUGACCCAGCUAAGCCUGUCUUUAAUGAGGGUAAAUUCUAUUGUAUGCUGAGAUAAGAGCUGAUUUUAAGAAUUUUAUGUAACUUAUCAGA